AUGCGUUUCUCCGCCCUCACCGCAGCCGGCCUGCUCGCCACUGGCGUCAGCGCCAACCUCAACGAACUGGCCAAGGCCGCCGGCAAGAAGUACUUCGGUACCGCCACUGACAACUCGGAGUUGACCAACACCGAAUACGUCGCGAUCCUCAAGGACAACAAGAUGUUCGGAGCCAUUACCCCCGGUAACGGUCAGAAGUGGCAGUUCACCGAGAAGAGCCAGGGCGUCUUCAGCUACACCUCCGGCGACGAGAUCGCCACCUUCGCCAAGGACAACAGCAUGCUUCUGCGCUGCCACACUCUGGUCUGGCACUCUCAGCUUCCCACCUGGGUCUCCUCUGGUACCUGGACCAAGGAGCAGCUGACCUCUAUCAUUGAGACGCACAUCUCCAACGUCGCCGGUCACUACAAGGGCCAGUGCUACUCCUGGGAUGUCGUCAACGAGGCCCUUAACGAGGACGGCACCUACCGCGACAGUGUCUUCUACAAGGUCCUCGGUACUGACUUCAUUCCCAUCUCUUUCAAGGCCGCCGCCGCGGCUGAUGCUGAUGCCAAGCUUUACUACAACGACUACAACAUCGAGUUGGCUGGCAACAAGCAGAAGGAGGUCCUCAACAUCAUCAAGAGCAUUAAGGAUGCCGGUGCCAAGAUCGAUGGUGUCGGUCUUCAGGCCCAUCUGAUCGUCGGCAGCGCUGGCUCCCGCUCUGCCCUGAGCACCGUCCUCAAGUCCUACGUCGACGCCGGCGUCACCGAGGUCGCCUACACCGAGCUCGACAUCCGCCACAAGAGCAUCCCCGCCGACACCACCGCUCAGGAACAGCAGGCCACCGACUACGCCAGCGUUGUUGGUGCUUGCCUCGACGUCGCCGAGUGUGUUGGCGUCAGCAUCUGGGACUACACCGACAAGUACUCCUGGAUUCCCUCUGUCUUCCCCGGCACCGGUGAGGCUCUUCCCUGGGACGAGAACCUCAAGCCCAAGCCCGCCUACACCUCCAUCUCCAGCCUUCUCGCCGCCGCCGGUGGUGCUGCCCCCGCUACCUCCGCCGCCCCCGUCGCCACCGGCGCUGCCUCUUCCGCCCCCGCCGCUACUACCUCCGAGGCCGCCGCCGCCGAGCCCUCUAGCUCUGCCCCUGCUGCCAGUGAGCCCGCCGCCAGCGAGCCUGCCGCCUCUGUCCCGGCUGUCACCCCUGCUCCCAGUGUCCCUGCUGCCACUCCCGCUCCUGCCACCACUCUCGUCACCAGCGUGAGGAGCAAGAACUGCGGCGACAACGCCGAGGCUGCUUCCAGCGCUCCCGCUGCUGCUGCUUCUGGUACCGUUGAGGCUGCUGCUGCUCGCUGGGCUCAGUGCGGCGGCAACGGCUACACCGGCCCCACCACUUGCGCGACUGGAUACACUUGCCAGAAGCAGAACGACUACUACUCCCAGUGCCAGUAG